AUGCCAGCCUGCCAUCGGUUUCCUUCUUUGGUUCUGGUCGGUGUGAAAAAGGUCACAGACCUUAAGGGCUUUGUACGCUGGGCGUUUUGCAGAAAAGCUGAAGAGUAUCUGCGGCUAUCCCAGGUGAAAUGCACGGGAUUAAUGGCUCAAAUGACAGCGACAAGCAGUGCUGUGAUGUGCCUGGACCUAGCGGCUAGUUUCAUGAAACAACCGGUUGACAAAAGCUAUUUUGUUAAACUCUCCGGUUUGAACAAGACUACCUACCAGAGCUCCAUGAAGUCUUUGGAAUGUUUGCUGGAGGUGAACCCCAGACUGGGAAUGCGAGACUUUGCUGUGCAAUUCUGCUGCACAGAGGCAGUGAACACCGCUUCAAAAAUACUACAGAGGUAUGAAUCCAGCCUCUCUGAAGCACAGCAAAUGGACCUUGAUUUCUCAAAACCACUUUUUAUAACAGCUGCACUGUUCACUGCAUGCAGGUGUUUGAAGCUAAAAGUGGACAAAACUAAAAUGUUGGCUACAUCUGGGGUGAAAAAAGCAAUAUUUGACCGGCUGUGCAAUCAGCUGGAGAAGAUGAGCCAGCAGCUCAGCAAAGAAGAUGUUCCACUGGCUGCAGACACACCUGAAAGCUUGCAGACCAACCUGGAGCACUGCGAGAAGGAAGAUGGAUCUGAAGAUGAUGAGGAGAUGCCAUGUAAACGGCCAAAGACUGAAACAAAGCAAGACUAUGAAGAAUGGAAAAAGAAAAUCCUGGAAAAUGCUGCUAAGGCACAAGAGACAAGUAGGAGUACUGUCUCCGUAGUGCCACCUAGUAAUAUAACUGCUGCUUGCUCAUAAUUUUAACUCUCUCUCUCUGCUCUAACAAGAGUUCCAGUACCAUAUGAGUGAUGGCUGUCUGGUAGCCAGCUGAUUUUGUUUAUUAGCUAGUUUUUAAGUAUUUAAGGAUGUUAUUUUUAGUAAAUGACACCAGAAUUGAGGUGAUUUUACAAGAAGCCUGUCUGACUAUUCGCCAGGCUGGUACCUGAGCAACUAUGGCAUUAGGUGGUAGAAUAGCUUCAUUCUCUUGCUGCAAGCAGCAGGUAACAUUCUAAUGCUGUGUUAAGUGUAAAUAAGUUAUAAGUUAUAUGCCUUUGGGCCCCUGGCUGGAAGUAGUCAGUGAAAAGAGAGGGAGGGGACUAAUGGUGCCUUGUUAAACUGCAAAACCAGCAGAGGAAUUAAGACUGAUAACUUUAUGAAUUUUUUUUUUUUACUGUUGAAGAAAUAUUGUUUAGUUACUGAAUUUGACUCUUUUUUAUGACCUGUAUGGGACUGAAGUCUCUUGUGCUUGUGAGGGGUCCCAAA